AACUGUUCAUCUCAAGCAGUUGGUCACCCACAUAGAGAGCACACCCAUGYCAGUGAGUUGAGGGUUACAUAGGAGCAGCAGCACAAUGACUCUUGAAAUGUAUCCGUGUGUGUCUCUCCUGCUCCUGCUGAUGGGCAGAGGUGCCAUUCCCCUAGUGCUCUCCCAGGAGGUGAAAGUAUGUUCCAAAACAGUGAUCAACUCCUGCAAUGACUGCAUCAAAUCAGGAGCGUACUGCACGUGGUGCAAACAACUGAAUUUCAUCAAACCAGGGGAGCAGGAAGCCGCUCGCUGUGACACCCGGGCUCAGCUAGUAGAAAGGGGCUGCAUGGAAAGAGACAUCAUAUCUCCCGACAAUYCCUUUUCUUUUUCUAAGAACUUCGCCCUGUCCAACACUGCAUUGGACAAGGAGGAACCCAUCCAGCUCCGUCCUCAGGAGGUCAAUCUGAAGCUCAGACCAGGACUGCCUCAUACGUUCACGCUGGACUUUCAGAGAGUGGAGGGCUAUCCUGUUGAUCUCUACUACCUGAUGGAUCUCUCCUACUCCAUGGAGGAUGAUUUGAGGAGCAUCAAGACUCUGGGAAAUGAACUGUUUAAUGCUCUGCAAGGCAUCACAAAAAAAGGACAAAUCGGUUUUGGCWCUUUUGUAGACAAGACUGUCCUGCCGUUCACUAACACCAACCCGAAGAAGCUGAAUAAGCCAUGCGCCGAAGCAGAGAUGUACUGCCAACCUGCUUUUGGCUACAGACAUGUUCUUAGCAUGACGGYYGAKAAAGCUGAGUUUGAGAGCAAYGUCAACKAGCAGCGCAUCUCUGGGAACUUAGACUCCCCCGAAGGGACGCUGGACGCCAUCAUGCAGGCUGCAGUCUGUGGGGACAGGAUUGGCUGGAGGAAUAGCAGCACUCGGCUUAUCGUCCUGACCACCGACGAUGGCUUCCACAUGGCAGGGGAUGGCAAGCUGGCUGGCAUACUGGAGCCCAAUGACGAAAGAUGUUACAUGGACAAAAACCUGUACAGCAAGAGCAAUGAAAUGGACUACCCAUCUGUUGGUCAAGUGGCUAAUCAGUUAGAGAAGAACAACAUUCAGCCAAUCUUUGCUGUGACGAAGAACAUGGAGAAUGUAUACAGGGAACUCAGUAAAAMGAUCCCCAAGUCUGAGGUGGGAGUGUUGUCAGCUGACUCCCAUAAUGUCGUUGAACUGAUCAAAAAUGCCUACAAUAGGCUCUCCUCCAAAGUGACGGUGACUCAUGAUGCUCUCCCUGACAACGUGAGAGUCACUUACACUCCGCUCUGUCCUGAAGGGGGACCCUCAAGGGACAAAGGAGUGUGUAACAAUGUGGGAGUGGGACAGAUGGUGUCUUUCAAUGUAACAGUGACAGCGGAUGAAUGUAUGGACAGUGAAAUGUCUUUCCUGAUUGGUCCGUUGGGUAUGAAGGACAAGCUGAAAGUGAGCUUGUCGACUCUCUGCAAGUGUAAGUGUGAUGACCCUGUGCUGGUCGAUCUCCGGCACUGCAAUGGGAAGGGCCAAGUGAACUGUGGCAUGUGCAGUUGCAAAGCCGGCUUCGUGGGCCAGAAGUGUGAGUGCUCCAUCGGGGAGAAGGACGAGAGCUCUCUGAGAGCGGCGUGCCGGAAGGACAACGGCACGGAGUGUGAAGGACGAGGGGACUGUGUGUGUGGCAUUUGCCAGUGCCACACCUUACAAGGCGGCAGCACCUACUACGGCACGCACUGCGAGUGUGAAAACGAGAGCUGCGAGAAGUUCCAGAACAAACUGUGUGGAGGGAACGGAAAAUGCCGUUGCAAAAAUUGCGAAUGCAACCCCGGGUACGAGGGCACCGCCUGCCAAUGCAAGAAGUCGGACGAGCAGUGUCGCACACCAAGCGGGAGUGUGUGCAGCGGCAGGGGCACAUGCCAGUGUAACCAGUGCAAGUGUAUUGAGGGCUACCAGCGGCCCUACUGUCUGACCUGUCCCGCCUGCCAAACCCCCUGUAUAACCAAGGGGAAAUGCAUUGAGUGUCUGGGCUUUCAGACAGGCCCAUUCAGUAAGAACUGCUCCCAGGCCUGUACGAGUAUUAAUGAAUUCAAGAUGGUGGAGACGUUGCCACCUGGUAAGCCUUGUGAUGUGAGGGAUGUGGAGAGCUGCCGGGUGUUCUUUACCGUUAAACAGUUGGACGGAGAGGACACCUACACCGCCCAAAUACUAAAGACCAGAGAGUGUCCCAAGUUGCCAAACAUCUAUGCCAUCAUUGGAGGCUCCAUCGCAGGCGUGACUGUCAUCGGAAUCCUGAUCCUGAUCCUCAUCAAAGUCCUCUUCCACAUGAAAGACCUGAAGGAGUACCGCAAGUUUAUGAAUGAUGCGCAGAAGACCAGGUGGUCGGAGAAUAAGAAUCCAAUAUUCCAGGAGGCAACCACCACCGUGGCUAACCCUACCUUUAGUGGAGAAUAAGUUCAGGGAAGUCAUUUAUACAUUUAUUGUUUCUGUUUUAAUGUGCAUUUUAUGUAGAUUAGUUCAUUUAAUUUAUAGAUUGGUCUGUCUUUUUGUGUGUCCUGAGUCUGAACAUUUAGAGAAUGACAGAACUUGUACUGAUGGAGAYAAAAAAACCUGCUGCAAUGUUGCUACAUUAUUUUAUGUCUAGUUGGAGUCAAUUCCAUUUUAGCUCAACUAAAUGCAGGAAUUUGUUUAGAAAAGUACUGAAUAGUUUUGUCCAAAACUGGUUUUAUUUUGUUUGGGAUUAUAAACUGUUGUGUAAAAYGUUGGACACAUUGUUCAACUUCAUGAAACCUAUUAAAGGCCCAAUGCAGUCAG